AAAUUAUAACCCUAACCUCUUCUUCGAUUUAGGGGUUCAUUGGAUCUGAAGAUCUGUGAAAUCCAAAUCCGUCCCGUAAGAAAGUUCCGGGAAUCCAAGGGAAAAUAAGGGAAGAAAAAGGAAAGGAGAAGAGCUGAAGGAAGAAGAAGAGAGGGGGAAGCAGAUAACAUGUCUGCGAUAGUUUGCGGGAAGAGAUCUCUGUUCGAGGAUUUGGCCACCGCUUCACCUCCCGUCUCCAAGAAAAUCCGUUGCUCUUCGUCGUCUUCUCCGGUUCGUUUUUCGCCUCCGAGUCCUCCGGCUUCUUCGCUCUUCCUCGAUCAGCUCGCCGCGAUCUUCCCCGAUAUGGAUAAGCAGCUUAUUGAGCGGGCGAUUGAGGAAUGCGGUGAUGAUCUGGAUUCAGCUAUAAGGUGUUUGCAUAAGCUUCGUUUGGAAUCUGCCACCAAUAAUGCAGAUUCUGCUACCAACCCAUUGCCUCUCAUCCAUGAAGCAAGCGUUGAAGCUGAGCAAGCACUGGCUAAGGAGGAGGUCCCGUUUAACGGAGAAGCAUGUGCAGCUCCAGAUGUCUUGAACUUGGAUGGUGCUGAAUGGGUUGAGCUCUUUGUUAAGGAAAUGAUGAAUGCCUCCGACAUGAACGAUGCUAAAGCUCGAGCUGCGAGAGCGUUAGAGGUUUUCGAGAAAUCUAUCCGUGCACGUGCUGGUGCUGAAGCCAUGCAAAGUCUACAACAGGAGAAUAUGAUGCUAAGGCAACAAAUCGAAACCCUUGUCCAGGAAAACGCGAUCCUAAAGCGUGCUGUGGUGACGCAACAGAAGCGGCAGAAAGAAUUUGAAGAUCAGAGCCAGGAGUUACAGCAUUUGAAGCAGCUAAUCACUCAGUACCAAGAACAGCUGAGAACACUUGAGGUUAACAACUAUUCUCUGACACUUCAUUUGAAACAAGCACAGCAGAACAGUUCAAUCCCGGGCCGUUUUCACCCGGACGUGUUCUAAUUCUUUCGGCCAAAUCCGAUAGCAGAGUUCGGUGUUUCGUCAUUUCGGUUUGACUGGGUGUUCUGUUUCUUUUAUGUUCUGAGUUUGUAACUACGACAUGGGUGAGGAAUAUGAUGAAAGAAAUGGCAAUGAAUUGAAGGGAAGACCAAACAGUCGGUGUAAGGUUCGUUUGUGUGUCUGUACAUAUGAUGAUGUCCUUGGAAAGAGUCUUUGAUAAUGGACUCCUCAAAAGACAAAAAUUAUUAUUUCAAAUUAUAACAAUUUGUAUUA